CCUGCUUGAUGCUUGCGUGUUUACUGACUGAACAGGAGAGCUACCUUGUAGAGAACAAACACAACAUACAGUAGCCUGCUUUGUGUUUAACAACUUAAUAUUACAAAGAAACUCUAGCUGCAGAAUUGUACUGAAAUACUAACAUCGGGAACCUUCGAUCGUGUUAUAGAAUCAACCAGUCAAAAUGAAUGUGUUCGAUAGAAAUAUAAAUUUUGACUCCCUAUUUAAAUUUUCCCAAAUCUCGCGGUCCACCCAGCUGCAUCUGAAGAAUGUGUACUCCAGCCUGGCUCUCUGCAUGUUUGUUGCUGCUUCUGGAGCCUAUGUCCAUGUCGUCACCCGACUCUUCCAGGGUGGGCUGUUGACCAUGCUCGGCUCAUUGGCAAUGAUGGCAUGGCUAGCCAUGACCCCUCAUAGUCCUCAGACUGAGAAGAAGAGACUGGGCAUCCUAGCUGGGUUUGCUUUCUUUACAGGUAUUGGUUUAGGCCCAGCUAUGGAUUAUGUCAUAAGCAUUAACCCAAGUAUCAUUGUGACAGCCUUCCUGGGUACCUCCAUCAUUUUUGUGUGCUUCACUUUGAGUGCCCUCUAUGCCCAGCGCAGGAGCUACCUCUUCCUGGGAGGAAUCCUGAUGUCAGGCUUGUCCAUUCUCCUCCUGGUCUCCAUUCUGAACAUCUUCCUGGGAUCUGUAAUGUUGUUCAAGGCUCAUGUAUACCUCGGCCUGGUCAUUAUGUGUGGGUUUGUGCUGUUUGACACACAGCUCAUCAUAGAGAAGGCAGAGAUGGGAGACAAAGACUACAUCUGGCACUGUGUGGAUCUAUUCUUGGACUUUGUGACCAUCUUCAGAAAGCUCAUGGUUGUGUUAGCCAUGAAUGAGAAGGAGAAGAAGAAAGAAAAGAAGUAAAGAUGGAGAAAUCUUUCCAAUAAAACAUCGGACCUGUAAUCCCAUCAGGAGUUCUUCUGGUGCAAGAUCACUAAAUGCUUAAAUUAUUAAUUAUAUUAUUCCCAUCAUAAUUCAUUUUGUACUUUGAUAUAGUGUCUUAUUUGUGGGAUCAAUUGUUUGAACUUUGGUUUGACGGUAAUAUUUGAUAAGAUGAUCUAGGAGUCCCUGUGUACUCCUUUUUGGGGAUAAUUUAGUUGAUAUAUUACAGUACUUAUCACUAGCCUGUUUGGACAGUUAUCAUUGCAUUGUCAAACAGUAAACAUUUCAUUCAUUUGGCUCUUAUAGUUCAUCUCAUUGAGUAGAAGGUCAUUGUCUGGAUUCAUUACGAAAGGCCACCUUUUUAUAUACUAGUACAAGUUUCAAUUUGUUGCAUUUCCUUGCAGCUGUAAAUAGGGUGACAUUUCCACCACUUUGGCUCCUUUUAACUGCAAAGUUUGCUGACAAAUCUGUGUGUACCUGUCCUAGUAGAAUAACAGCUACAUACUCAUGGAUUUGGGCUUAACAAAGAGCUUUUUGUCUUUAGCUAUUUUUCUUAAAUUAACCAUUUUUGGUUUGAUAAACAUAUUUUCCAAUGCUCUACUGUUUCCUGUUCAUAUUACAUAGAUGUUUGCUUUUUGUGGUAUUUUUAGUGAAUAUUGUGUAGAAUGCAGGGUGGUGUUAUUGGCUGCAGUGUCAGAGUAACAUUUACAAUUUUACUUUUACUUACCUAAAACUAUUAGGUUUUUAUGGCAUUUUUUCAGAUUUAGGAUUAUCUAAACAAAACACAUUUAUUUGUGUAGGAAAUUCACUCAAAUUAUUUUAUAUGGUUUCACAAUAGUUAAAAUCUGCAUUUAUAGUUUUACUGAGAGGGUAUGGAAUUCCUGCCAAGUCUAACCUUUCCAGACAGUUUUGUCAUGAUUAAAGCACAUGCAUUACCAUGCAAUUAGUAGUCAUAGUUCUUUAAAAAUCCUGAAUCAUUAGCUAAUGGGUGAGUUUUCUCUAUAUAGUAGCAGUAGCAGCCAAAAUGCAGAAAUAUUUACCAACAAAUCUCAUCUUCAUUUAUUUUCUCAUAUGUCUGACAUCAAUGAAUGAGAGAACAAUGAGUCAAUGUUCCACCCUGCUGCAUUUAUAAGGCUUUAUUUUCUUAGAAGUGCCAAUUACACCACAAGUUUAAUAAACUAUCUAUUGCUACUCAGUUGAAGAUUAUACUGUUAGCGAGGUAAUCUGCAUAUCUGAUACUGUGAAGAAAAAUUGUUUUGCUUUUACAGGGAUUGCUGUUGUAAUUUUGCUUGUAAUUUAAUGUAAGAAUAUACAUUUGUUAAAAUAAACUAAUGGAGAGGAA